AAUUGACUAAUAAAGUGAAAUAGAAGUUCAACCACAGAUUAAAAAUAAAGUUGAUUUUUUUAUUGUUGCCUUAAACUAUUUAAAUAUUUGUUCUCAUUUUUAGAGACACAUCGUUUCAAUUUUUCAUUCAUUUUUUCACAAAGAUCUACACUUUUUGUUCUGAAAAAUGCGACCAAUUGAGAAAUUUUUCACUGAAAAUGCGCCGGACUCCGAUUUGGUUAUUGAAAAAGUCAUCGAGUUUGGUAUUGAUUUUUUAGGUGGAGAAUGGAAAAAUGUGAAGAAAAAUGAAGUGAAAGUUACCACUAUUUUAGGAGGUCAAUCAAAUCACAUGUUCCACGUGACGUCAUCUACAUCUGCAACUCCGUAUCUUUUGAGAAUUCAUCGACAAGGUCCAAGUCAUGUUUUUAUGGAUACUGUCAAUUUUGCAAUUUUCUCUGAACGAGGACUUGGCCCAAAACUAUAUGGAUUCUUUGAUGGAGGACGAAUGGAAGAGUUUCUCCCGAGCAGAACAUUGGAUUCAGAUUGCAUUUUGGAUCCGGAAAUCUCCCGCCGUGUGGGUGCCGUGUACCCCAAAUACCACGCUAUUGAUGUCCCAGUUUCAAAGAAAAGACGUUGCUUUCAAGUCAUGCGAGAAUCUUUAAAAGAAUAUCAAGAUCUUGGCGGUGGCGACUAUGAAAUAAAACCAACAACUGUCACAUAUUCGGAGCAUCCCAAGAAGAUCUCAAUGGAUGAUUUGUACAAGGAAAUAGAUUUCAUGGAGAAAUGGACAAAUGAAUUGUUUGAGGAUACUGUUGUGUUUUGUCAUAAUGAUCUAGCAUCGAGUAACAUUCUCGAGCUAAACUCUACAAAAGAGCUCGUAUUAAUUGAUUGGGAAUUCGGAUCCUACAAUUGUAGAGGUUUUGAUUUGGCAAUGCAUUUGGCUGAAACUGCGGCAGAUUUUCGAGAUUCGACUCCACCAGGGAUCCGAAUAAGUGAAGAGCUUACUGAUAAUCCACCGAAUCUUCAAGGGUUUUGUGAAGCUUAUGUGGAUGCUGAUAAUAAGCUCAAAAAUCGUGUCCCAUCAAAUCGAGAUCUGGAAGUUUCUAACCUGAUUUGUGAAUGUCAGUUCUUUUGGCCAAUUACUCAAUUAUUCUGGGCAUGCUUCGUAAUGAAACUAGCACUUUUAAAGUACAAUUGUGGUGUUGAUAUGGAUGUUCAAGCUCAGGAUCGAUUUGCGGUUUACUGGCAUUUAAAGGAAAGAACUCGGAAAAUUUAUGAAGAUUUGAAGAAAGGCACUUGUUAAUUGAUGGGUUUUCAUUGUGUUUUAUUAAAUAUGAAGUUGUGAUAGUUUUAAUGUGAUUAAAAUAAAAUUUAAAUCAAC